CGGAUGAUAAGUCCAUUAAGCACCGAUUUGGGCCAAUGUAUUUUCCGAUGGCAUUUUCGUAAUUUUUAGGGCGACAAAAGGCCAUUUUCUUUGGAUAUUGAAGGCUACAUAUCACAGAUUCGGGCUGAGGCUAUUCUUCAACGAUGAUCGAGUCUAUUAAGCACCGAUUUGGGCAUAUUUAUUCCAAGUCAAUUUUUGGCAUAUUCGAAAGGGUACCAUCACAGAUUUCGGGCGAUUUUUCCAAAAUGUCAUUUUCUUUCGAUUCUAGAGGCUGCAGAUCACGGAAUCCGUCCGAUGCUAUUCUCCACUGAUAAUGAAGUCUAUUGAUCCUAUUGUCCACGGAUGAUAAGCCCAUUAAGCACCGAUUUGGGCCAAUUUAUUUUCGGAUGGCAGUUUCGUAAUUUUUUGGGUGACGAAAGACCAUUUUUUUAUAUUGAAGGCUACAGAUCACGGAUUCGGCCUGAGCCUAUUCUUCAACGAUGAUUGAGUCCAUUAAGCACCGAUUUGGGCAAAUUUAUUCCGGGUCAAUUUUUGGCAGAUUCCAAAGGGGUACCAUCACAGAUUUUGGGCGAUUUUUCCGAAAUGCCAUCUUCUUUCGAUUCUGAAGGCUCCAGAUCACGAAAUCAGGCUGAGGCUAUUCUCCACCGAUAAUGAAGUCUAUUGAUCCUAUUCUCCACGGAUGAUAAGUUCAUUAAGCACCGAUUUGGGUCAAUUUAUUUUCGGAUGGCAUUUUCAUAAUUUUUUGGGCGACGAAAAGCCUUUUUCUUUGGAUAUUGAAGGAUACGGAUCACGGAUUCGGCCUGAGGCUAUUCUUUAAAGAUGGUUCAGUCCAUUAAGCACCUAUUUUGGUGGAUUUCUUCCAGGUCAAUUUUUGUCAGAUUCCAAAGGGGUACCAUCACAGAUUUCGGGUUUUCCGAAAUGUCAUUUUCUUUCGAUUCUGGAUGCUACAUAUCACGGAAUCAGGCCAAGGCUAUUCUCCACUGAUAAUGAAGUCUAUGUGUCCUAUUCUCCACGGAUGAUAAGUCCAUUAAGCACCGAUUUUGGCCAAUUUAUUUUCGGAUGGCGUUUUCGUAAUUUUUUGGCCGGCGAAAGGCCAUUUUCUUUGGAUAUUGAAGGCUACCGACCACCGAUUCAGCAUGAGCCUAUUCUUAAACGAUGAUUGAGUCCAUUAAAAAUCGGUAUGGGCAGAUUUAUUCCGGGUCAAUUUUUGGCAGAUUCCAAAGGGCGAUUUUUAGCAGAUUCCAAACUGCAUCACAGAAUUCGGGCAAUUUUUCCGAAAUGCCAUUUUCUUUCGAUUCUGGAGGCAACAGAUCACGGAAUCUGGCUGAGGCCAUUCUCCACCGAUAAUGAACUUUAUUGGUCUUAUUUUCCACGGAUGAUUGAGUCCAUUAAGCACCGAUUUUGGCAGAUUUAUUCCCGAUCAAUUUUUGGCAAAUUCCAAAGGGGUACCAUCACAGAUUCCGGGCGAUUUUUCCGAAAUGCCAUUUUCUUUCGAUAUUGGAGGCUACAAAUCACGAAAUUAGGCCGAGGCUAUUCUCCACCGAUAAUGAAGUCUAUUGGUCCUAUUCUCCACGGAUGAUAAGUCCAUUGAUUACCGAUUUGUGCCAAUUUAUUUUCAGUUGGCAUUUUCGUAAUUUUUUGGGCGAUGAAAGGUCUUUUUCUUUGGAUAUUGAAGGAUACGGAUCAUAGAUUAGGCCUGAGGCUAUUCUUCAACGAUGGUUCAUUCCAUUAAGCAGCGAUUUUUGUGGAUUUCUUCCAGGUCAAUUUUUGACAAAUUCCAAAGGGGUACUUACCAUCACAAAUUUCUGGCAAGUUUUCCGAAAUGUCAUUUUCUUUCGAUUCUAGAGGCUACAGAUCACGAAAUCUGGCCGAGUUUAUUCUCCACCGAUAAUGAAGUCAAUUGAUCCUAUUCUCCACGGAUGAUAAGUUCAUUAAGCCUCGAUUUGGGCUAAUUUAUUUUUGGAUGUCAUUUUCAUAAUUUUUUGGGCGACGAAAGGACAUUUUCUUUGGAUAUUAAGGUUACGGAUCACGGAUUCGGUCUGAGGCUAUUUUUCAACGAUGAUUGAGUCCAUUAAGCACCGAUUUGGGCGGAUUUAUUCCGGGUCAAUUUUUGGCAGGUUCCAAAGGGGUACCGUCAUAGAUUUCCUGCUAUUUGUCCGAAAUGAAAUUUUCUUUCGAUUCUGGAGGCUACAGAUCACGAAAUCUGGCCGAGGCUAUUCUCCACCAAUAAUGAAUUCUAUUGAUCCUAUUCCACGGAUGAUAAGUCCAUUAAGCACCGAUUUGGGCCAAUGUAUUUUCCGAUGGCAUUUUCGUAAUUUUUAGGGCGACAAAAGGCCAUUUUCUUUGGAUAUUGAAGGCUACAUAUCACAGAUUCGGGCUGAGGCUAUUCUUCAACGAUGAUCGAGUCUAUUAAGCACCGAUUUGGGCAUAUUUAUUCCAAGUCAAUUUUUGGCAUAUUCGAAAGGGUACCAUCACAGAUUUCGGGCGAUUUUUCCAAAAUGUCAUUUUCUUUCGAUUCUAGAGGCUGCAGAUCACGGAAUCCGUCCGAUGCUAUUCUCCACUGAUAAUGAAGUCUAUUGAUCCUAUUGUCCACGGAUGAUAAGCCCAUUAAGCACCGAUUUGGGCCAAUUUAUUUUCGGAUGGCAGUUUCGUAAUUUUUUGGGUGACGAAAGACCAUUUUUUUAUAUUGAAGGCUACAGAUCACGGAUUCGGCCUGAGCCUAUUCUUCAACGAUGAUUGAGUCCAUUAAGCACCGAUUUGGGCAAAUUUAUUCCGGGUCAAUUUUUGGCAGAUUCCAAAGGGGUACCAUCACAGAUUUUGGGCGAUUUUUCCGAAAUGCCAUCUUCUUUCGAUUCUGAAGGCUCCAGAUCACGAAAUCAGGCUGAGGCUAUUCUCCACCGAUAAUGAAGUCUAUUGAUCCUAUUCUCCACGGAUGAUAAGUUCAUUAAGCACCGAUUUGGGUCAAUUUAUUUUCGGAUGGCAUUUUCAUAAUUUUUUGGGCGACGAAAAGCCUUUUUCUUUGGAUAUUGAAGGAUACGGAUCACGGAUUCGGCCUGAGGCUAUUCUUUAAAGAUGGUUCAGUCCAUUAAGCACCUAUUUUGGUGGAUUUCUUCCAGGUCAAUUUUUGUCAGAUUCCAAAGGGGUACCAUCACAGAUUUCGGGUUUUCCGAAAUGUCAUUUUCUUUCGAUUCUGGAUGCUACAUAUCACGGAAUCAGGCCAAGGCUAUUCUCCACUGAUAAUGAAGUCUAUGUGUCCUAUUCUCCACGGAUGAUAAGUCCAUUAAGCACCGAUUUUGGCCAAUUUAUUUUCGGAUGGCGUUUUCGUAAUUUUUUGGCCGGCGAAAGGCCAUUUUCUUUGGAUAUUGAAGGCUACCGACCACCGAUUCAGCAUGAGCCUAUUCUUAAACGAUGAUUGAGUCCAUUAAAAAUCGGUAUGGGCAGAUUUAUUCCGGGUCAAUUUUUGGCAGAUUCCAAAGGGCGAUUUUUAGCAGAUUCCAAACUGCAUCACAGAAUUCGGGCAAUUUUUCCGAAAUGCCAUUUUCUUUCGAUUCUGGAGGCAACAGAUCACGGAAUCUGGCUGAGGCCAUUCUCCACCGAUAAUGAACUUUAUUGGUCUUAUUUUCCACGGAUGAUAAGUCCAUUAAGCACCAAUUUGGGCAAAUUUAUUUUCAGAUGGCAUUUUCGUAAUUUUUUGUGCGACGAAAUGGCAUUUUCUUUGGAUAUUGAAGGCUACAGACAACGGAUUCGGCCUAGGGUAUUCCAGGUGGAUUUUGGGAAGAUUUCAAAGCGGCACCAUCACAGAUUUCGGGUAAUUUUUCCGAAAUGUCAUUUUCUUUCGAUUCUGAAGGCUACAGAUCACGGAAUCAGGCCUAGGGUAUUCUCUACCGAUAAUGAAGUCUAUUGGUCCUAUUCUCCACGGAUGAUAAGUCCAUUAAGCACUGAUUUGGACGAAUUUCUUCCGGGUCAAUUUUCGAAUCGCCGGAAAUCGGUGAUGGUACCCCCUUUCGAAUCUGCCAAAAAUGGACCAGGAAUAAAUCCGCCUAAAUCGGUGCUUGAUGGACUUAAUCAUCGUUGAAAAAUAGCAAUAGGCCCAAUCCGUGAUAUGAUGCCUUCAAAAUCCAAAGAAAAUGGUCUUUCAAAAAAAUCACCCAAAAUAUUACGAAAAUGUCAUCCCAGAAUAAAUUGGCACAAUUCGGCGCUUAAUGGACUUAAUCAUCGGUGCGAAAUAUGAUCAAUAGACUUCAUUAUCGGUGGAGAAUAUUCUUAGGCUGAAUCCGUGAUCUGCAGUCUACAAAAUCGAAAGAAAAUGACAUUUCGGAAAAUUGCCUAAAAGCGAUGAUGAUACCCCUUUCGACUCUGCCAAAAAUGGACCCGGAAUAAAUUCACCCAAAUCGGUGCUUAAUGGAUUUAAUCAUCGUUGAAGAAUACCCGCAGGCCGAAUCUGGAUAUGUAGCCUUCAAAAUCUAAGUAAAAUGACAUUUCAAAAAGAAAUUGCCCAAAAUAUUAUAAAAAUGCCAUUAAAAACUAAUUUGGCCCAAUUUUGUUGGACUGAGUACUCUAUUAGUAUAAUAUUGUCUGUAUUUGGGUUCAAACACUCAAUAUUUUACCUUUGUGUAUCCUUUCCAAAAGAUCUCAUACAAAUAAAAUUAAAGAUGCCAUAUUGUCCGAGAAUUCACAGUAAAUUAGAGUUCAACAAAAUCGUCGUAGGACACCUCUACUGUUUAUAACACCCACUUUUAUCAUCCAUCGUACAUAUUUAGCUCGUCAUCAUCGACGGGGAGAAAAUUAAAGGCUUACGGUAGUUUUGUUUGUUCCAUUUCAACGAUUAACCAUAGCUGGCCGGACGUUAGUUGGUCGCUAAUUCCAAACGUAUAUGUAGACAACCAUUUUGGCUUUCAUAAUCAAUGGCGCGUAUAUAUACGUUUUUACAUAUAACGACCACUAAAUAAUCAAUUAUCUUAUAAAUAAUCGCUCAACAUAUCCUCUACCAAAAUCCUCCAAACCCAAAAAAACAAUCCAAAAUAAUACCAAAACCGAAAAGGAAACGAAAUUCCACAUCACAGUUGGAGAUCAGUUAGCUCCCAACCCCUAUAUAUAAUCACAAAAGAAUUCCCAAAAUUGGAUAAUUAAAAAAAACGGAAAUCACAAUUCACACACAGCAAAAAACCACGAAAAAAGAAAGAAAACAAUUCUCCGUCGCUAUAACUCCAUCGACCGUCACAAAAAACCCUCCUCUGCCUCUCCCCUGUUUUUUUUUUUCCCCACCGAGGGCUUUCUUUCUAAUUCACCCGUUUCCGAUCUCCGAUUUUCAUGGACUACAGAGAUGAGGCCGCCGAUUCUCCGACGAUCAAACACCGCCUGAUCUCCUCCUGCCUCCUCUCCCCCUUCCGCCGUCACAACCACCACCACCCCCUCUCCUCGCCUCGCCACCACCGCCACCCGUCCCUCACGCGCACCCCGUCCCGAGCGUGGGGAUCCAGGUCGCCCGUCCGCCGCCGCACCAGCGACGGAGAUUUAGCCUCAACCCCCGGGAGGGCCGCCGCGACGGUGGGGAAGGAGAAGUGCAUGCAGUUCAUCUCCCGGAUCGGCUGCGGCGUCGGGCAGGCGGGCGGAGGAGGGGGAGGAGGCGGAUGCGGCGGAGGAGGGGGGAAUCAUCACCGGCGGAGGCACUCGGUGGGCGGGGAUUUCCACUACGACGCGCUGAGCUACUCGCUGAAUUUCGACGACGGGAAUUUCGAUGAUGACGUCAGCGGGGAGCUUCCCUCGCGGGAUUUCUCGGCGCGGUUGCCUCAUUCGCCGCCGCCGCCCCCUGCUCGCAGAAACAGGGAGAUCCAAUGCAGUUUCUGAUCCAAUUGAAUUCAUUGUUUUCUUUCUUUCUUCUCAUCUUUCUUUGCAAUGUGUGGAAUUGAUUUGUGGGUUUGUUCGAUUUGUUCGAGAUCGAUGUUCGUGUUUAUCGGAUCGUGAUUUACUGUUAAUUAGUUUGAUUUGCAUGCAUGUAUAUCAUCAUUAGACAAAUUGAACGACGGAAGGUGUGUGAUCGGAGAGAUAUUGAUUGGUAGUGACGGAGGCAGAGAUCUGUAUCGAAACUACAAAUGCUUACCAAUUACAAAAAAAAAAAAAUCAAAUUUAUUACAAAAUCUACAUAUCGAAACUACAAAUGCUUAUCAAUUACCAAAAAAAAAAUUAAAUUUAUUACAAAAUUUACAUGUAAUCGAUUUUCUUCUGGCGAUGAGGGUGACCGCCGGCCGGUGGAGGAAGUGAUUGUUCAUCACGCCUUGGUAUAAUCGAGAUUUUGGGGUAUAGCUUAGGUUAGCUCGCAGAAUAGAAUUGACGUGUGGAGGAGUCAUGUUGAAGAGAAGGAUUUCUUGGUUCUAUAUCGAUGAGAACCAAGAAGCAAAGAAGGAACCAAAACCCUAACGCACCAAGAAACGGCAUACGUACCCCAAAAGACAGAUUAAGCAUUUCUUGUUCCGAAUCCAAAUCCCGAUCGACCUGAUCAAUGUUCAAAUAAUGUCUAAUGCUUAGCACGCCUAAGCAAACGUCUAAACUUUUAAGCAAAAAUAUCGGUUUUUAGUAGAAAUAAAAAUUGUAUGACAUAUGUUUUACUUUAUAUCAAUUUCAAACUAUUUAUAACUUAACUAACCUCAACAACAAGUAAAAUAAUUUUAUAAAGACAUGGGUUUAUAGAAGUCAUGGAUUGUUGCUUCUUUUGUGGUCAACGACGGUGAAGAGCAAGACAAAGGGUCAAGUUGACCAGAGCUGGAGAAGAACCGAAGACGUCGUGUGUUACGACUACUCCGUGGUCGACGACAUCGAGAACGUAGGGCAUACAGUCGAGUAAACUAGACCUAGAGAAUCCUUCCAUACCAAAACCGUUUUCGAUGAAUUUCACGCCCUUGAGAUAUUUUCCAGAAGUAAAGAAGCAAAGAAGAAAAUCAAACACCACUUGAGAUAUUUUCCAGAAGUAAAGAAGCAAAGCAGAAAAUCAAACACCACUUGAGAUACCUUCACCGAUUUGGCUCCUCAAUUGGACAGAACUCAGACGUAAGAAAUGACAUAGGUUAUAUGAGUUGGAAAACAAAGAGUUCAUCGGCUGCUGUAUGUUAGUAGUUUUCGAAUGGGCUACCAGACAGAUUGUAGAUGGUUCUAUGACCACUUAUUUAAAAUAAUAAACAUGAUGUUUUAUCGGACCAUUUAAAAAACCCCCAAAAUUAGUAAUUUAUUUCGCUUGAUUACCAUAGAAACUAGAGUGCAACGGUGACAUGUGUAUAAAAAUUACAUAUAAUGUAGGGAGAAAAAAAACAAAAAUAAAUUAUUAUAAUGCUAAAUCUUCAACAAUCACCACUUCUUUUCACUCAUCAAUAAGUGUGCCGCUAGACU